AUGGCUGAAAAGAAAACUCAAGAAAAUCCUGUCUUGGAGAGUUCACUGUCAGACCCAGCAAAGAAACCAGAGAAAGAUGUGCCUAAGCCUGCUGUCAAAGUGACUCCACCGCCAACAGUGCCUAUUCAAGUCCCUAGACUUUCCAUUCCAUCAUUUACGAAGACUCCACCCAAUGAGCUGUAUAGAAAGCUGUUGCCAGCUAUACUGUUCAUUCUAACAUUUGUGACAGUAAUGACUAUGUUGCUCAUCUAUAUGGAUACUUUUGCACUUGCUGCACAACAAUUCAGACAGAAUAUGACACAGGAUAAGGAACUAGCCCGCAUAUCAGCUGAGUCUCCAACUCUAGUGGCAUACGUGAGGCAAUUACAUCUGGCGCCUCGUCCCCCUCGGACUCCACCAGCUCCCACUCCUACAGAGAGGGUUGCUGUAUUAGAUAAGAUAUUUGGAGAGACGUACAACGGCACCUUGAUCGAGGUGUUCCCUUGCGGCGGGCGCGACGCGACGGCGCAGUACCUGGAGGCGCGGCGCGGCUGGGCGGGCGUGGCGGUGCGCGCGGCGCCGCGCGACUUCCUGGCGCUGCGCGGCGCGGCGCGCGCGCUGCACGCCUGCCUCAGCGCCGGCCGCCACCCGCGCGUGGUCAGCUACGAGGAGGCGGAGGGCGGCGUCGUGUUCCGCUCGCGCGUGCUGUGCCUGCCGCUGCUCACCGUGCUGCUGGCCGCCGACGCCGCGCCGCCCGCGCUGCUGGCGCUGGCCGGGCCCGCCGCCGCGCCCGCGCUGCGCACGCUGCCCUACCGCGACCUGCCCAUCAAGGUGAUAGACUUCAGAUCAUCAGACCCAGUGGCCCUCAACAAGACGACCGAACUGCUGGAAGCCAACAACUACAGAGUUGCCGCCACCUUUGAUGAUGGCAUCAUGUACGCACUCAACACACAA